ACGUUCGAGUUUGGCGAGAGGAACGCGCCGCGCCACACAAACACGAUACGGAUGCGAUGUUUAUUAGACGGACGAAACUUUUAAAUUACGAAGAAGACGACGCGAAUCUGUGCGAGGCGGAUCGAGUGUGCCGCGGCGGUGACACGGCCGAUAAACGCGCGAACGCGAGUGCCGGCCGUCGGAGCGCGAGACGCAGGUGGCUUAUUGAAUCGAGUUGCCCGUCACCGGAGCCUCUGAAGACGACACCCAGCCUAGCCGCCGUGACGUUGCCGAGAUAACCUACAACCCAGUGACUCUCCCACCCCAACUUUCUGUGAUUUUACGUGUAGACAUUAAAAUUAAGAGGGUCCUCCCCGCUGGUGAUAUUAUGUAUAAUUUAAACGUGAACUUGGCUGCGACGGCCGCAACCGCGGCCAGCAACUUAAUUGUCGAGAGCGCGUGCACUACUCCCCGUACCCCCGAAAUCCUCAACUCUCUGAUCGCGAUGACCAACCCCCUCGACAACUACCAGUUCGGCGACGACGCGCCCAAAUUGGCUUCGUCGGGACUUCCCGGCGCAUCGAGUAGCGAUUCGAAUAGUUCCAGCAGCAGCCAGGUGUUGUCGCAGGUAGAAUCCCCGACGACAAAUCCUCCGAGCGUGCAGCACACCUGUUCCCAGCUGAUCAAGGCGGGACUAAAGUUGACUCUCGAACAGAAGAAACGAAAACAUAACAGCGACGCUGAAGAUCUUCUCGACCUCGACACCGUCAAACGGUUGAGAAGCGACUACAGUGAGUCUGAAGACGAUAAAAUCAAACAGGAAAGCAACGGGCUGACGCCCGAAGAUGAGGAAAGGCGGCGCAGGAGAAGGGAGCGCAACAAAAUCGCCGCCACCAAAUGCCGGUUGAAGAAGCGCGAACGUACCGCCAACCUGAUUCACGAAUCGGAAACUUUAGAAACACAAAACGUCGAUCUUAAAGGCCAGCUCCAUGAACUCCAGAACCAGAAGCGGAUGUUAGUCGAAGCGUUGGCGCUGCACAGGCCCCACUGUCAGCAUAAUAUUGACCCCGCUACUAGGGAGAGUCUGUAUAAGUUGCCGCCGGUGUCUUCCGUGAUUGAGACACAUUCGUAUAGCAGGCCUGCGUCGGUCAAUCCGUGUUACAAUAGGAACCAUAAUUUGGAGGUUUACAGCAGGCCAGCUAGCGUAUCCGCCACGACCGCCCAUCACGUGACUUACACGCGUUCGUCCCUCCAUUACAGCAAACCGCCGAGCAUAGUGGUCGAAGAAAUAGGCGACUACGACGCCAGUUUUACCAAUCUGGACGACGUCAACAGCCCAUACUCUUUUGACAGCCAGUGUCACAACUAUUCCGGGGGACAGAGUUAUAGCGGCGGCUUGGACAACGGUUGUAUGGCCUAGCAGAUCUAGUUCUAUGAUUCUGCUCCCUCUUGGGCGUUGACCUUAAUGAUACUUGCUGACCAGUGACAUCUGUCGAUGACUCUUUAUUGCUACUUAUAAUGCUUGGGUCGGUUGUGAUAGUGCUUUUCGACAAUUAUUUCGUGGGGGUAUUUUUUUUUAACAAUAUUUUCCUGGACGUCCACGCGGCGGUUUUUUUAUUGCCUUCAGUAACUGUACCAACCAAAAUUCGGGGCGCGUUGUUCUGUGCGCCCUUCUGUUGUCCGUGACUUUGAACGAAAACAAACUUCGUUCUGUGGUCCACAAGGUACAAGAUGGUUUUGGCGGUGUAUCAGAGAGAUAACACAAAAAUAUGACCGAUUGUUUGUUUUGUUGCUUCUUUUAAAUUUAAAUUGUCGCGUCCAGUAUGGAGAAAACGGGUGGUAGGUUCUGGUUGGUCAUUGCACAGACUUGCACCCUACUUAUAAUGCGACCAGAGUAAAGUUGCUAUUGAAUUAUAUUUGAUUUUGUUCUCAGACUAAAUAGUUGACGCAUGUUAUUUAUGCACCAUUAGUCCACGCUCUAAGGUGCGUUCAUUUUUUUUGUAAUCCGUAGAGAUUCAGGAUUUGUUUUUUUUAUGCAUAUCGCGUUUCAGUAUUCCUACUUCUCGAUUCGUGAACGCGAGUUUUUCACCCUAAAGGAAAGCAGAGCCUUAGCUCACGUGCCUAAUUUUAAAAUGUUUAUUUACUGUUAAGUUUCGCGUACAUAGUGGAUUUUAACUUCAUCCGGUGUGUUUAAACCUUAAUUGUUACCAGAUCUGAUUAGUAGGCACAUGCGUAUUAUUUUUAUUUGGCAAUAUCCAUAAUAUUAUUGACGUUUUCACUUCGAACUAAACUCGCAGCGAUUCUGCGAUUCUAGGGAGAAAAUGGGAGUUACAUUCGACGCGGUAGAACUGAUCUUUGCCAUUUACAGCUGUGGUCGGUGGUUAUUGUUGAAAGUAAAUUAGUUCGACGUGAAAAUGUGCCAAUUUGUUGAGUAUGUGUUUUUAAAAGAUUUAUCGUUCGUUGAAACAGAAAGCAUUCCAGAAGAUUUUUUCUAUUAUAUUUAUCGUUGAAUAACUGUUUUUUUUGUAUACUGCCGAACUUUAACGUACGUUUUCCGUGUUAAUAUUUAUUACUUUAUUGAAUACUGUUUUUCCACUUGUACAUUUGUAUUCUAUUUUUAUUAAUCGUAAGAUUUUGUACCUUUUUCUAUUUACCUCUACCUUCGUUUAGUCUGUAAGCGAACACGCUGUAUCUAUAAUAAUAUAUAUUUUUAUACGUACUUUUUUGGAGAGAUGUUCAUUGUUCCGGGUUGUUUUCGGUUCCGUAUUGGAACGUUAUUAACGCCAUUUUUUUUUUAGUUGAUAAGUUGUCUUUCAUCGUAGUGCUUAGGCAAUUAUUCAGAAUAAUUUGCUUCAAGAGGCUUCUUCACCACAUUCGCGCUGGCUUUUUCAUUAAAAAGGGAAAAAAAAACUAUACGGAACCCCGUUCUUUUCAUGCAAAAGUCGCGUCAGGUUCCGUUAAAUCUUCCGCGGCCCAAAACGUAAACUUUUUCUACGUUUAAAAUUGUGAUAAAAUGUCGGGACGUCUAACGUUUUGUAGUUUCGCUUUAGGUUAUGUUUAUGUCACGUGCCAUCACUUAACGGUUUAUUUUUUUUUCUUUGCGCUGCAAAUAUGGGUAAUAGAUUUACGCACAAGUAUUCUAGUUGCGAUGCUGGUCCGAGAGCGAUACGCGCCGGUAAAGUAGAUGUUAACGACACCUAUGACAGCGCUGCAUCGCUCAGGGAUUAGACGUCAGUGAAUUUCGUUACCUGUACAUAAACGGGUCAAAAUCGAGCGCACAUUACAUCGCAAGUGCCUUAGCACAGGUUGUAACAGAAAAAAACUACUUUAUAAAGUUAUAUUUUUAUUAAAAGCAAAU